AAGCGAGAACUAUAUGUAUAUCAGAAAUAUUAGUCCUGAAUAUUCACUCUUUUCUCUCUCGGACAAUAUUGGUCAUGGCAUCGUUUAUGGCAAGAAUGUGUUGACGAAGUGAUUAUAUUUUUCGUUUAUUAUCGGUACAUCUAUCAUGUCAAUCACAUGGACGAAAUCUGUAACGCAGUGCCUUUCAAGAAAUUCAAAAUGAUUCAGUGUAGAUCUGAAAAUACAUCAGAGAAUGAUAAAAAAUUAAGACAAAUGAGGAAUGAACGACAUCUUGAGCUCACACUAUUGAGAAAAACAGUUGAAUCGGGAGACAUAGCUAAGGUAAAGGAACUUCUCAAGCAGCAGCCUCCGCUGAAUUGUAGAGUGGGCGGUCUUAUGCUUUGGCACGCAGUGUCGCAUAAUCAUUUAGAAAUUGCGACGAUGUUGGUCGACGCGGGUGCGGAUCUCUUCGUAAGAAAAGAGUCGGACGACAGUGAGUCCAGUUUCCUUCACGUGCUCAUGAGCAGUAACGACCCGAGGCAUCAUCGACUGGCUGUGCAAAUGAUGAAUCGUGGUGCUGACGUGAACGCUGCUGACGAGCACUACUUAACAGUUCUGCAGACCGCGCUUCUGGCAAAAUCUCCUGCCAAGUUGAUCACAGAAAUUGUGAAUCACGGGGCUGAUGUGAAUAUUUCUUCCAUAAUGAAUGCCACUGAGUAUUUGGAUUCGCGCGAACUAUUGAUGUUGCUUGUCGAUAAAUUUUUGAACGUAGGAAGUAGGAGUCGGCUGGUUGAAAGGCUAUUGUUGCGCUGUGGUUAUACGGAACAAGACGAGACCCGCAUAUUACCAAUUGUCCAAAAACUUUUGGACGAAAAAUUGCCUGUCGCUGAGAUAAAUAGGAAUGGCAGUACGCUUGUAGCUGCCGUACACUCGGGAAAGAUUCAAAUGGUUAAAUUACUCAUAGAAUAUGGAUUUGACGUGAACACUUCGGGCAUUUCACCAUUGUACGAAAUACUGGACUGUAUAUUGCCAAUUAACUCCGAACCAGUAGGCGAGUUGCCAUUGUAUGCAGCAUCAGCAUCGGAUAGACCAGAUAUCACCAAACUUUUGAUUGCGGCUGGUGCAGAAAUCAAUACUCCAUCAUCGUGUUCGGUAUUUUACACGGGCUAUCCUCUUCACGCCGCGUGUGGAAGGCGAAAUGAGGAAAAUAUUCGGUUAUUAUUGCGUCACGGAGCUGACGUCAAUCUUAUGGAUAAACAUUUGUUUGACCAAUAUGUGUGCGUGGACAUGGGUGGAUGCUUGAGCAACGAGUUUUGCCUGCCCCCCGAUAUAACUCAAUAUGAAGAGAAAUCCAGAAGAAAAUUGAUGUUGCAGCAACAAUCAUGUCAACUGAGAGUGUUAAGAGGUGCAGUAAUAUCAGCUGACAAAAAUGGAGUGCGAGAACUGCUUUGGUACCGUCCUGGGCUCAAUAGUACAGAGGGCGGUAUGAUUCUUUGGGAUGCAGUGUCUCUGGACGAGAUAGAAAUCGCCUCGAUGUUGGUCGACGCGGGUGCAAAUCUCGACGUGAAAGGACCGAUCGUCGGAGGUCGUUCCAAUUUCCUUCACGUGCUGGUGAAAAAUAACAACCCGAGGCAUUAUCGACUGGCUGUGCAAAUGAUGGAAUACGGCGCUGACGUGAACGCUGUUGACGGCCAUGACGUGACAGUUCUGGAGCGUGCCCUUGAAGCCGGACCUGUCAUCGAAUUGAUCAAAAUACUUAUGAAAUAUGGAGCUCGCGUGAAUAGUUCGGCCAUAAUGACGGCUGUCGAGCGCUCCCUUCCAAAGAACCUACUGAUUUCGCUUGUCAAUGCGUAUUUCGACGUAGAAACAAGAUCAGAGCAAAUUGAAGAUUUACUAUUCCGCUGUGGCCGUAUCAACGUUGUUGAAAGUAAAGUAUUACCGGUUGUCGAGAUGGUUUUGGACAAAAAUUUAUCAGUGGCCCAGAUAAAUAGGAGUUGUAAUACACUGGUAGCAGCCAUACGUUCGGGAAAGACUAAAAUGGUCAAAUUACUUAUAGACUACGGAUUUGACGUGAAUGCACCAACAGCAGGGGAGACACCACUAUAUGGAAUAUCCAAAAUUAACAUACCACUUCAAGUCGCAACGGCAGGUGAGUUGCCAUUGUACGCAGCAUCAGCAUCGGAUAGACCAGAGAUCAGCAAGCUUUUGAUCGAGGCUGGCGCAGAAAUCAAUACUGCAUCGUCGUAUUCAAUAUAUUACACGGGCUACCCUCUUCAUGCCGCGUGUGGAAGGCGAUGCGAGGAAAACAUUCGGUUAUUAUUGCGUAACGGAGCUGACGUCAAUCUUACGGAUAGUCGGCUUCGAACUCCGUUUGCCAUGAUUAAUUACUUUGGAUACGUGACCGAAUCGCACAAAAUGCUCAUUAGGCAUUUUGCGCUUUUAGAGAGCAAGGAGAAGACAGUUAACGAGAGUGAUUUGAAUCUCGUACAGGACUGCCCUGAAAUGCUCGAGUACUAUUGUCUGUGCAUGGAUGAAUUGAGAAAGAUGAAAAUGACAAAAAUCAUCGAUGACGUUUCCUACUUUUGUCUUUUUACAGCGAGUAAGAAUCGACUGUGCUACAUGGUUAGAAGUCAAUAUUUUGUAAAAAAAUAUGCUAUGCAAAAUAUACAGGUUAUGUUUCCAAAUUAUUACGAUGACAUGACCUUCGUAUUCGAGACUGCUGAAUAUCAUAGAAGGCAAUUGAACGACAUAGAGGAACUCCUUUACGAACAAUUACUCAGUCGCUUGCCCAAUAUUCCAAUAGAAAGAAUUAUCUAUUUUUACUGCUUCAACCAAAACGAAUGAAUAAAUUUGUUUGAAUCUUUUUGUAAUUUGUAAAUUGACUGAAUAAAAUGCAAUGAAUUUGGUGUAGUUGAAAUAGUGAUACCAUUGCGAUGACACGU